AUGGUCGUUGCUGCAACAGACACAACUUCCACCACAGUGGAGUGGGCAAUGGCAGAACUGCUUCAACACCCACAAACAAUGCAAAAAGUCCAAGAAGAAUUGGAACAAGUAGUAGGAAUUGAAAACAUUGUAGAAGAGUCCCAUCUCUUCCAACUCCCCUACUUGGAUGCAGUCAUAAAAGAAGCCCUCCGUUUGCAUCCCCCGCUGCCCCUCCUAAUCCCACACUCUCCUAGUACAUCUUGCAUCAUUUCCGGGUACACUAUCCCAAAGGGCUCGCGGAUACUCGUCAAUGCAUGGGCGAUGCAAAGGGACCCCGAGGCAUGGGGGCAUCCACUGGAGUUUAAACCAGAGAGGUUCUUGGAAGAUGCUGCAAGUGCUGACUACCAAGGCAACAAUUUCAACUUUCUGCCAUUUGGGUCAGGGAGGAGGAUUUGUGCUGGCUUACCUCUACUUGAGAGGAUGCUGCCAUAUGUUUUGGCUUUUCUUUUACAUUCCUUUGAUUGGAAAUUACUUGAUGGCAGGACAAGGGUUGAUUUUGAGGAAAGGUUGGCAAUCGUUUCGAAGAAAAAUGAGCCACUUCUCGCCAUUCCAACUGCGAGAUUGUCCAACUUAUGCCAUUAUGAUCCAAUUGAAUGA